AUGUUUAAAAGGCUAAUAACUUUUCAUCGUCAAGUAAGAAUUAGUUCUUUGGCAGUUGCCUCAUUUAAUGUUUUUGUAUUUGGAGUUAGUGGAAUUUAUUUAAUUGAGAAAAUUAAUCAAUGGAGAAUGAAGAAAAUUGGGCAUUACAAAGAAGCUGUGGCAAUUUUAUUGGAACAUGAAGAAGUUGGGAAUUUGUUGGGAAAACCUUUUAUGGUUGGAAAUGCUGAUGUUUAUGAUCGUGAAAAUAAUUUUGUUGGAAAAAAUGAAUCCAAGUUUUUAAUUCCAUUAUUUGGUGCAAAUUGUGAUGGCUAUUUAAAUGUUUUUGCUAAACGUGAAGAUAAUUUGUCAGAAUUUUUAUUAGAAAAAUUAGAAUUGGAAACAUCUGGAGGAGACAGAUAUUUAAUUUUUACAAGAUCAAAAGAAAUUGAAGAAACCCCAAAAUUGUCAAAACAAAAAAGGCCGAGACUUUGUAGAGAAUAA